AUCUUACAUCUCCUCCAAGUGUUCAUCGGAAGCGCAAGAUUGCUCUGGGACUUGAAUACCACCGAUGCUUUCCUUCCGGACUUUGGCACACCGGGACACAUUGGAGCCGGUCUCGCCAACUACCCGACCGACGCAACGCGAAAUGUGCAGCCCAUUCCGUGCCAUUCGCACAACGACUACUGGCGACGAGUCCCCCUCUUUGAAGCCAUUCACUACGGCUGCACGAGCGUCGAAGCCGACGUCUGGAAGUUCGACGAAGAGCUCUUUGUCGGGCAUGACACGGCCUCUUUGACCCGUAAUCGGACCUUACAAUCCCUCUACGUCAACCCCCUAGUCGAUCUCCUCGACCGAAUGAACGACCCGACCACCCUCCUCCCCUCCAUACGCACCACGCCACGCGGCAUCUUCGACGAAGCUCCGGAGCAAAGUCUCGUCCUCCUCAUCGACUUCAAAACCAACGGCGCGGAAACAUUCCCCCUCGUCCUCCAACACCUCGAACCCCUUCGCGCAAAAGACUACCUAACCUACCACGACGGCACAAUCCUGCACUCCCGCCCCAUCACAAUCGUAGUCACAGGAAACGCUCCCUUCGACCUCAUCCUCAAUAUGACCACCCACCGGGACGUAUUCUUCGACGCCCCUCUUUCCGCCAUGUUCGAACCACCCUCUCCUUUAUUCGCGGCACCCAUCCCCACCAACGAACAAAAAUACAACACCACCAAUUCCCUCUACGCCUCCGUAUCCUUCACCCACGCCAUCGGUUUCCCCUGGCGUGGUCGCCUCUCCUCUUCGCAGCUCCACCUCUUGAGAGGACAGAUUCGCGGCGCGCAUAGGAGGGGACUGAAAGUGAGGUAUUGGGAUACGCCGGGUUGGCCGGUGAAUUUGAGGGAUGCGAUUUGGGGCGUGUUGAUGGAGGAAGGUGUGGAUGUGUUGAAUGUGGAUGAUUUGAGGGGUGCGGCGGUGGGGGAUUGG